GUAGCUUUCGUGUAGUGGCAACUCUUUAGCUGUCAACAAAUUGUUUUUCUUUCUUGCUUCACGUGUUAAAGUGUUUUUGAUAUUCUUUAAAAUUUUAUGAUAAAAUUAUUUAAAAAAUAUAUGAUAUAUAAAUUAAAUUAUAAAUAAAACUAUUAAAAAAGAAAAAUAAAAUGGUAGUGGUCAGAAAUAUGGAUUUAAUUACCACUAUAGAAGAUGAUGCGGAAGUAGAAAAUCUAUCAGAAGAUUCCGAUGCAGAAGUGGAGUAUCAACCCACCAAACUAAAACACAAAAAAGUAACCGAGUUUGAAAAAAAUUUCGAAUUUGUUAGUUCCGUGAAGGAAUACAAUCAAGACACUUGGGAUGAUUUGAUGAAAUAUGUUAAGCGUAAGGCACGCACAAAGACCGAUGAUAAAAUUGCAGCACGUCUUAAGCAAAGAGAGGGAGAGAGUGGUGAAGCUAUUAAUCCCAAAGAUGAGGAUAGUGGUGAUGAAAUUGAUUUGUCCGAGGACGAAUUGAAACAUGACAAUUUACGUUUGAGAGAGAAAAAAUUGUCCAAGAAAAAGAAGAAAAACAAGGGAGGCAGUGAUGAUGAAUCCGAAGAAGAGGGUGAAAAAAUGCAAUUCGAUGAGGCCAUUGAAUCAAAUGAAGCCAUUACUUCUUUCUACCAAAUGAAUCUUUCCCGACCUUUAAUGAGAGCCAUCGGAGUUUUGGGUUAUAUCUAUCCCACUCCCAUUCAAGCCUCCACAAUACCUAUAGCUCUCUUGGGUAGAGAUAUUUGUGGUUGUGCUGCUACGGGUACCGGUAAAACGGCUGCUUAUAUGUUACCUACCGUGGAACGUUUACUUUAUCGUCCUAUGAAUAAUAAAACGGUAACCAGAGUGUUGGUUUUAGUACCCACUCGUGAAUUGGGUGCUCAGGUCUAUCAGGUCACUAAACAGCUGUGUCAAUUUACUACUAUUGAUGUGGGUCUGGCCAUUGGUGGUUUAGAUGUUAAGGCUCAAGAAAUGGUUUUACGUCAAAAUCCUGAUAUUGUUAUUGCUACACCUGGUCGUUUGAUUGAUCAUAUUAAGAAUACACCCAGUUUUAGUUUGGAUUCAAUUGAGGUUCUUAUACUCGAUGAAGCCGAUCGUAUGUUGGACGAAUACUUUGCCGAACAAAUGAAAGAAAUUAUUAAUUCUUGUUCGAAAACCAGACAGACUAUGCUUUUCUCGGCCACCAUGAGUGAACAAGUUAAAGAUUUAGCUGCCGUUUCUCUUAAUAAACCCGUCAAAGUUUUCGUUAAUAACAAUCAGCAAGUAGCCUUUAAUUUGCGUCAGGAAUUUAUACGUAUUCGUGAGGAUAAAGAAGGUGAUCGUGAACCAAUUUUGGCUAGUUUAAUAUGUCGUACUUUCCAUGAUCAUUGCAUGGUCUUUGUACAGACAAAGAAACAAGCUCAUCGCCUUCACAUACUCUUGGGUUUGUUGGGCAUUAAGGCUGGUGAAUUGCAUGGUAAUCUAACGCAACAACAACGUUUGGAAUCUUUGAAAAAGUUUAAGGAAGAGCAAAUAGAUGUUCUCAUAGCUACCGAUGUAGCUGCCAGAGGUUUGGAUAUUGUGGGUGUUAAGACAGUUAUUAACUUUGUUAUGCCCAUAACCACUGAACAUUAUAUACAUCGUGUGGGUCGUACAGCUCGUGCUGGCAGAGCUGGUAUAUCGGUGUCGUUGGCCGGUGAAAAGGAAAGAAAGAUUGUUAAGGAUAUUAUAAAGAAUGCUGAGGGUUCAGUAAAGAAUCGUAUUAUUCCCCCCGAGAUUAUAGAAAAAUAUCGCAAUAAAUUAACAGCCUUAGAACCGGAAAUACAAAACAUUUUGGAUGAAGAGCAGGCAGAACGACAAAUAGCCAAAAUGGAGCAACAAUUAUCGAAAACUGAACGUAAAUUGUUGGGUGCUAAAAAUGAACAUCGUGAUUGGUUCCAAACUAAAAAACAACGUGAAGAAGAAAAACAACGUCUGUCACUUAACCCUGAUGAUCCUAAAACUAAAAAGUCGGAAGAUAAAAAUAAAAAACGUAAACGUCCUGAGUAUGGUGGUGAUGGUGAGGAUGGUCCCCCCGUCAAGGAAUUAAGUGCCAAAAAGAAAAAGAAGGAAGAAGCGGCUAAAAGAGUUAAAACACCCGAACAGUUGGCUAAAGAAAGAGCCAUGAAAGAAAUCGAAAAGGUUUCUUUGGUAAGAGCUAAAAUUUCUAAAUUGCGUAAACGUCCUGGUAAACUGUCAGCCGUUUCGGAUGUCUCCUCCUUCUCGAAAGGUGGUAAUACAAAUAAACCCAGACGUGGCGGUAAUUCAGCUUUCACUAAUGAUUUAACCGAUGUUAGCCGCAGCGGAGCUUUACGUUUGCGUUCGGAAGCUAAUCGUCAUCAGAAAAUGUCUAAGAUUUCGGCCAAAAAGAAGACUAGUAAUGUUAAAUUGAUUAACAAGGCGGGUAAGAAUAAAUUCAACAAGGGCAAGAGUUUUGGUGGUCCCAGAUUUGCCAAAAAGGAUAAAAAUAAAAAGAAAUAGAUGGGAUUUUCUUAAAUGUAAAUACAGAUUUUAGACUUUAAGACUUUUUAUGAGUUAAAAUUUAAAAAAAAAGUUUAAUAAAAUGUUUUUAAAUAAAUGAAAA